CACAGCUGAAGAACAUUAAUCAUUUCGGUCCAAAGUUGCUGCAUUUCCCGCUUGGGGAAUAUGUCUGACAAUGGGAAGAGGAGGAGAGUCACUAAAUUGCUAAAAAAAAGCAUAAGCUGAACCAGAGAGCCAAAGGGACCCAGGUCUUUGCGAAUGAUGUGGUCCCUCGUGUUGUAUCUGCUGCCGUCUUCAGCCUGGGGUUUCCCUUAUUCUGAAUGGAAUGUCAAUGCUCCCAGGGCUGUAGAAGGGGCAGAAGGUUCGUGUUUGAUUAUUCCUUGCCAAUGUCGCUAUCCCAGAAAUAGCGAACUCCAGACGGCCAUGUGGCUGAAGGGGGAGAAAGUCAGUGGGAUUCUGGUGAUCUCUUCCAAUGGGGGCACAGACCCCAGUUUCAAAAACCGAGCCACACUCACAGGCAACUGGGAGACCGGAAAGGAUUGCACUUUGAAAAUAACCGAUUUACAGAAGAGCGAUGAAGGGAUCUAUCAUUUUCGAAUGUCUGAUCAGAGUCGGCAAAAUUAUUCAGAUCCUGAUGGUGUCUCAAUAAAAGUGGUUGAUGUGCCUGAAUUGAUAAAAAUAUCAGUGCCGGGUGACGUGCGGGAGAAUGUGGAGGUGAGCCUGCUCUGCUCAGUGAGUUUCCUCUGUCCCGGUUUGCUGAAAUGGUUUGACACUGAGGGACUGAACAUGUCAUCAUCAACCGCAAGCUCACGGCCUAGACUCGCUGUACAAGCCAGCCAAAGCAUUCUGAAAUUUAGCCCGUCUUACCGGGACCACGGGAGGAUUCUGACAUGUGGAUUUAAAACAGCGAGCGGUGAAAUUCGCAAUGCUACCACCACAUUAAAUAUCCCGGUGACAGAAACAAUGGUGAAGAUCCUGCUCUGUAUUCUCAUCAUCAUGUCCACAGGAGCUAAUGCUGACAUGAUAACAACUUCUCUAACUUCAGAUGUUUCAGGAGAAAUGGAGGCAGGAACUCAAAUGGUGCGGAAAGUCAGGACAGUGAACGGAGAAGGACAUGAUGCCCCACGAGAUGUUACCGUUGUUCGCACUGAGCCACUGGGAGAGGUGAAGGAGGGAGACCGGGUGACCUUGACCUGUAACUCCAGGAGUAAUCCAGAAGCUGGCUACACCUGGUUUAAGGACAAUGUGAACAGAGCAGCUCGCAAGGGGACAGGGAAAGUCCUGACCAUUCACUCCAUCAGCCCAACCGAUUCUGGAGAUUAUUACUGCAAAGCGGAAAACCAGUUUGGAAACUCCACCUCAAAGAGCUUCAGGAUCGAGGUGCUCUAUGCCCCUCGGAACAUGAAGGUGUUGAUCUCUCCAUCGAACAGUACGAUACACGAAGAUGACAACAUCACCCUGAGCUGCACCAGUGACAGCAACCCCCCACCCACCUGGUACAAGUGGACACGGAGACGUGGAGAGGAGACUGAAGACCUGGUAUCGUCUGAGAUAGACCUGACCUUGUACGGAAUCACUCACAAACAGGAGGGUGUGUAUUCCUGCCAAGCGGGGAACACUGUCGGCACCAACGAGUCAGAGGGCCACAGGAUAGAGGUUGCACGCCGCAUCAGGCUGAGCAUGGGACUGAGCACUUGCUCAGGGACGGUGGAGGUUAAGUAUGGCGGUACUUGGGGAUCAGUUUGUGAUGACCACUGGGGCAUGGCAGAGGCAAAUGUAGUCUGCCAGCAGCUGGAGUGCGGGCACGCGGCCGUCGUUGUCAACUCCUCUGCGUUUGGCCUCAGGAAGGGCCCCGUCAAACUGGAUGAUGUGAACUGCACCGGUGCAGAAAGCUUCUUGUGGGACUGUGUUCACCGAGGCUGGGAUCAGCACGACUGCACUUACAAAGAGAACGCAGGGGUCAUCUGCUCAGACCCUGAGGGGAUCCGCUUGGCCGAAGGCCCCCACCGCUGUAGCGGGCGCCUGGAGAUUCUUUUCAAUGGGACGUGGGGCACAGUUUGCGACGAUGAGUGGGGCCAGGCCAAUGCUGACGUGGUGUGCGAGCACCUGAAGUGCGGCCUGCCCACCAGCUACGCGGGGGAGGAGGGUCUCCACCCCAAGGGCAGCGAGGGAAGCCCCAUCUGGCUGGACGACGUGCAGUGCCGCGGCAGCGAGCCAGUGAUCUGGGCCUGCCGUUCUGCCUACUGGGGCGAGCAUGACUGCCAUCACAAGGAGGAUGUCAGGGUGGACUGCGAAUGUACGCACCAUUGGUGGCCUGUGUCGCCCCGGGGGGACAGACGAGACGAAGAGCCUGACUCCCUGGCACUGAGAUCCCAACCCGAUCCGGAAAUUCUCACACGGCAUCGGGAAGCUGGAACGAACAGGGAUUACAGCAGGUGUGCGCUGCGCUGUGACAUCAAGCUACCCAUCGAAUUACACAGACCAUCUGUUAUAACAGUGAACGCAAAACCUCGUUUACACCCUCAGGACACAAGGCAUUUCAUUGGGAAAGCAACAGCGCAAUCUGACUUGAUAUUGCUGAGGUCACACCACGUGGCCUCAGCGUAUGAUCCCUUCAGAGACGACUUAAUUCCCAUCGUAGCCAGUAUCAUUCUGGCUGUUCUUCUCAUCAUUGUGACCUCCGUUCUCAUCUACCAGAUCUCCAAGAGAGACGAGCCACUGCUGAGCCGGAGCCCCGCCCCACGGGUGGAUGGAAUCUACGAAGAUAUCGACUACGGCCGGGUCAAGCGCUUCUCGAAGAUAUCACACGUUUCAGAAGCGACGAAUUCCAGCACCUCCCUGAACAAGAUCGACUAUUACGUAGAUGGUGAACUGCAGGAGGAAUCUUCUGCUCUCCCAGAGGGAUACGAUGAUGUGGACAGUGGCAAACCCCUGGAGAAGAAGGAGUAUUACGAUGACGUGGAAGGAGAGAUGGUGGAGGCUAUCGAGUUGGAAGUGCUGGGAGGUGAUAACACUGGCGUGCGAUGUUCCUCUGGUAAACCUGGAGACGGCUACGACAAUAUCGCCGACUGGAGCUCCGGCCGUCCGUCAACAGCCAAAGCAGGCUGGCCGAUCCUGGAGAUCUCGGGUUGA